GCUAUUUGCUAUAACUUGCAGCAACAGGGCAAGGUCCGGAAAGACAGCUUUCCCGUCCCAACUUGUCAAGGCCUCCCAAAAGCUCCCUGGCAUCCAGAGAACAGUGUGUCCAGAGCUUAAGCUGGAAGAGCACAGCCAUGGUGCCCUGGGGUCCGGUGCUGGGAGCUCUGCUGGUGGCCAUUGUGGGGUACCUGUGCCUGCUGAGGCUGCUCCGGCAACGCAGGCCCCAGGAACCGCCUCUGGACAAGGGCUCUGUGCCCUGGCUGGGUCAUGCCAUGGCUUUCCGGAAGAAUAUGUUUGAAUUCCUGAAGCACAUGCGAGCCAAGCAUGGGGACGUGUUCACGGUGCAGCUAGGAGGUCAGUACUUCACCUUUGUCAUGGACCCCCUCUCCUUUGGCCCCAUCCUCAAGGAUGCACAAAGAAAACUGGACUUUGUGGAGUAUGCAGAAAAACUGGUGCUAAAGGUAUUUGGAUACCACUCAGGGCCAGGAGACCACCGGAUGAUACACUCAGCCAGCACCAAGCAUCUCAUGGGGGAUGGCUUAGAGGAUCUCAACAAAAGCAUGCUGGACAGCCUUUCCUUGGUGAUACUGGGGUCCAUGGGCCAGAGUCCUGAUGCCAGAAGCUGGCGCGAGGAUGGCCUCUUUGACUUCUGCUACAAUGCCUUGUUCAAGGCCGGCUACCUGAGCUUGUUUGGCUACACAAAGGACAAGCAACAGGACCUGCUACAGGCAGAGGAGAUAUUUGUGCAGUUCCGCAAAUUUGACCGCCUGUUCCCCAGAUUUGUUUACUCCUUGCUGGGGCCCCGGGAGUGGCUAGAAGUGGGCCGGCUCCAGCGUCUCUUCCACAAGACGCUCUCUGUGAAACAUAACUUAGAGAAGGAUGGAAUAAGCAACUGGAUAUCCUACAUGCUGCAGUUUCUGAGGGAGCAGGGAGUUGCCCCAGCCAUGCAGGACAAGUUCAACUUCAUGAUGCUCUGGGCCUCCCAGGGGAACACAGGCCCUACCUCUUUCUGGGCCCUCUUGUUCCUCCUGAAGCACCCAGAAGCCAUGCAGGCUUUGAGAGAAGAGGCUGCCCAGGUCCUGGGGGAGGCCAGGCUAGAGGCUGGGAAGUCUUUCAACUUGGAGGUCAGUGCCCUGCACCGCACCCCAGUGCUGGACAGCGUGAUGGAGGAGACACUGCGGCUGGGGGCCGCGCCCACCCUCCUCAGGGUGGUGAAAAGCGACAACGUUCUGAAGAUGGCCAGUGGGGAGGAGUACCGGCUCCGCGCUGGAGACAUCGUGGCCCUCUUCCCGUAUCUCUCAGUGCACAUGGACCCUGAGAUCCACCCCGAGCCCACUGCCUUCAAGUACGACCGCUUCCUCAACCCCAAUGGCAGCCGAAAAAUGGACUUCUACAAGGCAGGCAAAAAGGUCCACCACUACACCAUGCCAUGGGGCUCGGGCGUCUCUAUCUGCCCCGGGAGAUUCUUGGCCCUCAGCGAGAUGAAGCUCUUUGUCCUGCUCAUGAUCAUGCACUUCGACCUGGAGCUGGUGGACCCUGACACACCGGUGCCGCCCGUGGACCCCCAUCGCUGGGGCUUUGGCACCACACAGCCCAGCUAUGACGUGCGCUUCCGAUACCGCCUGCGGUCUCCUGAGUGAACCCUACCAAGGGGGCCACAGCCUGGCCGGAGGGCCUCCUGUGGGGACUCCACCUCCUCUCACCCCUCUGAAGCCCCGGACACCCACCACUACUCCUGCCUCUGCUUCUGUGGGACCCCCUACCUCCAUCCUGGUUGAACUCCUUGCUCUCUGGCCUCCUUCUGGUCACCUCUCAGGCUUAUCAUUCUCUCUUCAAAACACCGUCUCUCACAGUGGGUUCUAUAAAACCCUCGUCUCACAGGAAGUCCAGGGGAAGAGGAAAUAUGUGUGGGCACGUCGGUUUGGGAGAUACACGUGCCUGGGCAAAUCUGGAAGCAUGGAAACGCGUUACCAUGAGUAGCGCAGCGUCCUGCAAAUGUCAGCCUCCACCCCCACCCAUGCUGCUUUACGUUUUCCUUCAAUACCUACUCCACGGCCUGUGGGAUUCACAUUCUAGAACAGUGUUGUCCAAUAGUAAUACCGUGUUUCCCGGAAAACAAGACCUAACCAGAAAAUAGUUCUAGCAUGAUUUUUCAGGAUGACAUCCCCUGAACAUAAGCCCUAAUGUGUCUUU